UAGGCCGCAGCCCCGGGCCCGCGUCGCGCCGCCCCCUAUGGGCCCCGGCUGAGGCGCCGCCGCCGGCCGCGGAGCCCCGAUGCUGGCCCGGAGGAAGCCGGUGCUGCCGGCGCUCACCAUCAACCCCGCCAUCGCCGAGGGCCCGUCCCCCACCAGCGAGGGCGCCUCCGAGGCGAACCUGGUGGACCUGCAGAAGAAGCUGGAGGAGCUGGACUUGGAUGAGCAGCAGAGGAAGCGGCUGGAGGCUUUUCUUACUCAGAAGGCCAAGGUUGGCGAACUCAAGGACGACGACUUUGAGAGGAUCUCAGAGCUGGGCGCUGGCAAUGGCGGUGUGGUCACUAAGGCCCAGCACAGGCCGUCAGGCCUCAUCAUGGCCAGAAAGCUGAUCCACCUGGAGAUCAAGCCAGCCGUGCGGAACCAGAUCAUCCGGGAGCUGCAGGUGCUGCACGAGUGCAACUCCCCCUACAUCGUGGGCUUCUACGGGGCCUUCUACAGCGACGGCGAGAUCAGCAUCUGCAUGGAGCACAUGGACGGCGGCUCACUGGACCAGGUGCUGAAGGAGGCCAAGCGGAUUCCCGAGGACAUCCUGGGGAAGGUCAGCAUUGCGGUGCUCCGGGGUCUGGCAUACCUCCGGGAGAAGCACCAGAUCAUGCACAGAGAUGUGAAGCCCUCCAAUAUCCUGGUGAACUCUCGUGGCGAGAUCAAGCUGUGUGACUUCGGAGUGAGCGGCCAGCUGAUUGACUCCAUGGCCAACUCGUUUGUGGGGACACGCUCCUACAUGUCUCCAGAGCGGCUGCAGGGCACGCAUUACUCUGUGCAGUCAGACAUCUGGAGCAUGGGACUGUCGCUGGUGGAGCUGGCCAUCGGGAGGUACCCCAUCCCCCCACCUGAUGCCAAGGAACUAGAGGCCAGCUUUGGCCGGCCUGUGGUCGAUGGUGCAGAUGGAGAGCCCCAUAGUGUCUCGCCGCGGCCCAGGCCGCCUGGACGCCCCAUCAGCGGUCAUGGGAUGGACAGCCGACCUGCCAUGGCCAUCUUUGAGCUGCUGGACUACAUCGUGAAUGAGCCGCCUCCCAAGCUGCCCAGUGGCGUGUUCAGCUCGGACUUCCAGGAGUUUGUGAAUAAAUGCCUCAUUAAGAACCCAGCGGAGCGGGCGGAUCUGAAGAUGCUGAUGAACCACGCCUUCAUCAAGCGCUCCGAGGGGGAGGAGGUGGACUUCGCAGGCUGGCUGUGCCGAACCCUGCGGCUGAAGCAGCCCAGCACACCCACACGCACUGCAGUGUGACAGCCAUCGCCCGGCAGCUCCGUGUCCUUGUCCCUGUUGGCACGGUGGCCACCUCUGGGGACAGUGAAGCUGUGUGUUGUGGCAGGGGACCUGCUUCCAUGCGUUUGAAAAACCAAACAAAAUGGAGAAGAAAGCUG